CUAUUUCAAACGCGUACCGCUAAACUCCCACCGAAUUCAACACGCCUCUCCCGGUAGUUGAAAGAACAACACUUUUAUUUUGAAACGCGACAAUCUUCUCAUCAUUACCAUCAACAACAACACUUCUUCAGUCGUUGUUCAUCACACACUCGUUCACAGGUUCGAACGAGGCUUGUCUUCGCUACCAUAAUUAUUUCUGUCUUUUACACUUGACGUGUAGUAAGACGCGUACCUUUUCGUUCUUUCGUUUCGCAUUCGGAUCACAAUGGCAAUCUUACCUAUCAAAACUAACCCUUACUACGUGCCUGAUUUGGCAGACUUCUCUCAAAGAAGUUUCUGGGUUGCAGCAGUUUCAAUCAUUUUCAAUCCUCUGUUCUGGAAUUUUACCGCUCAGAAUGAAUACCGUCACAAGACAAUCACAAAAUUGCUCGGUAAUCGUCCUUACUAUGGUUGUUAUUUAUUAGGCGCUUCAAUCUUCCUUUUGGGUAUCUUGCGUGAUCACCUCUACAAUCAAGCUUUGUCCAAACAACCCAUCAAUGGAUAUUUGGCUUUACCCUUCGUCAAGUACUUUGGUGGUCUUUUGAUCCUUGCAGGACAAGUUCUCGUCAUUUCUUCAAUGUAUGCUUUGGGCGUUACAGGAACGUACUUGGGUGACUACUUUGGUAUCUUGAUGCCACACAUCGUUACCGGAUUCCCUUUCAACGUCGUCUCUGAUCCAAUGUACUUCGGUAGCAGCUUGAGCUUCAUCGGUGUCGCUCUUUGGUACGCAAAGCCUGCCGGUUUGAUUUUGAGCGUCUUAUUGUCAAUCGUUUAUGUGGUUGCUCUCAAGUUCGAAUCUCCUUUCACUGCAGAGAUUUACAAGAAAGCCGCAGCUUCAUCUUCCUCAAAAGCAACAACAAAGAAGAGAACAUCAAACGCAACCUCGCAAACAACAACACCUGCCAAACGUGGACGUAAGAAGAAGACUGCUGCAUAA